AUGACAGCCGUCCUAACAUAUUGCACGGCCAAUAUAUCUGCCAGCGUAAUCAAUACAUUGCUCGAGGACAGUCAAAAGAUAGAGAAUGGAUCUAAGUUCUUAAGCCUCCUCCGCACCCCCGACCAGGAAAAGGUAGACCCAUGGGGCACCUCACCACCAGUUGAAGACUUUGAGACUGGGUUUCUGGGUAUGAACGAGGACGAUAUCUAUCACUUUCAGAAAAAGUUUCUUGCAGAGAAAGGCAAGACGAUCGGAGGAGGAAUUCAAGGGGACUGGAUGGCAAUAUUAGACGAAAAUUCAGCAGCCCAAUCUACAGUGGUGAUGUAUUAUAGUAUGGACAAAGCUCUCUGGGACGAAAUACACGAACCAAAUCCGGGGUACCAAAUCCCUGGAACAUACAAGGUGCGUGAUGGAGAUAUCUGGUGGAAAUGGCGGAUACCAUUCAAGCACUCUCUAGCUUUUCACAUCACGGUUUGGAAUGGUGGGCUGGACGAGGUAGAACUGUUCAGCAGGCCAGAGUAUACUGGCCCUGAUGGCGUGGUUGAUGCCGAAACUUGUUUCAAAAUCAUGUACAGGAAAAUUCCUGACCCAGAGGGGGUGUUCUGA